AUGCCUCUUGGGAGAAGGGCUGGAAACCUCAGUACCGCCUUGUCUCGUUGGAAAGUGCAGUUUGACGACUUGGCUCUGCGACAAGAAGGUCUGUGGGGGCCUCAGGAUCGCGGCAGGGCUUGCAUGCUCCGCGUGAUGUGGCAAGCCACCGAGGUAGGACUUUCAAUUGGCCCAGAAGCUGAUGAGACAGCGUGGGAUGGGCACAAAGUGGCAUAUGAGAUGAUCAUCCGGCUUGUCGAGUCGCUGAUCAACGAUACGCAGGGAUCACAGCAGCGCUUCCAUUUCGAGAUGGGUCUCAUUUCCCCGUUACACCUCGUGGCGUGGAAGUGCCGGUGGCCGUCUCUUCGUCGAAAGGGCUUGGCAUUGCUUCACGCCAGUUCGAGACGAGAAUGCCUUUACGAUUCGAGGCUAUACUACGCCGUCUUGUCACGGAUUAUGGCUAUUGAAGAAGGCUACAUGAAACAACACCUAAACGAGCAGUCUGGCCAGCAUAUUUUGCCGCCUGAGCAAGCCCGUAUCCAUCAAUUUGUCUGCGAACCGCUUUCUUCGGAAGCGGAUGGUAUCUACCUCCUCAAAUUGUUUUCAAAGCCGAAGUGGCCUGAGCCAGAAUGGUGUCUUCAUACCGAGCAUCUACAUGCAGACUCGCUUUUGACAUGGCAAGAUGGCGAUUCUUGUCAUUCUACCCCUUUCACGGAAAGAUUACCAGUUGUGAAUCUUUUCAGAACAGGACCCAUUCCAACCAUAGUGGAAAUAGACGGAUCUCGGGAAAUGAACGUUGCAGCCUAA